AUGUUCGAGCUAACGUAUUCUUCCAACUUCUUCUGCAUUGUCGUAAUCUACAUGGUGGAUUACAGGAAGCUAAAGCGUCUCGACAAGUGGCACACGCAUUUCAACACUCGCUUCUUUCUUGAACUCUCCACCAUCGAUGAAAAUUCACCCCUUGUGCCGCCUCCUGCUUCCUCUUUCGGCGUGGCUACACUGCCAAAAAACAUGCUCGCCUUUGGCCACAUUGUUGGUCGUCCUGGGUACACAAACCUCCAGGCUGCUGUUGAAAUGUCCCAUUACUUAGCCUGCAUAGAUGGCAUCAUGUUUGGCGGUGGCAACCACCACUUUGUGCAUCCUUGCACGAACCCCGAUGCUGUGGCCACGGGCGCUUUGUGUAGCGCCUUUAUCCCUCUUUACGUGUCUCGCCCCCUCUGGUUAUUGAUUCGCGAUCGACCGGUCUACGUCGUCAACGUGAUCGAACAGGCUGUAGGGCCGCUCAUGUUCUACAAAAGGUUAAAGGUUGACAUCAAUUCUGAACGAUGA